AUGAAGAGUUCGUUUCACGGUAAAAUCGUCGAAAUACCUGGUAUAUACGCGGAUAAUUUCGAAAAUGCUGAACAUCAGAACGCGAGAGCUUAUUUUUUAAGUCAUUAUCACACCGACCAUAUACAAGGCUUGCAUUCCCGAGAGUUGUUAGAUGUUUUAAUUCGGAAUAAUGUGAUAAUUUACUCAACAGAGCUAACUGCUGCUAUUAUAGAUGAUGAUAAAAAUGACGACAGAAUUAUGCAAUGCGUUAGAGGUUUGAAAAUGGGUCCAAACCUAAUAACCUUGCCGAGUAUACCAGGGUACAACACACCAGAAUUCUGCUUAACUGUGACAUUGAUACCGGCUGGACACUGUGCGGGCUCUACUAUGUUCCUAUUCUCAACGGAAACGAUGAACAUAUUAUUCACAGGUGACUUCCGUAUCAACAACAAUGACUUACCGAAGUAUAAACUCUUGCAUCACAAUGACGAACCGAUUAAAAUUAAUACCUUGUAUGUAGAUACUACGUUUCUCAAUACGAAGUACGAUUAUUUUCCAAAAAGGAGUGAGAGUGUGGCUAAAAUGUUGUAUGAAAUGAAAAAAUGGUUGAAUUCAGAUGAGACAAAUGCAAUCGCUUUACAUACAUCAGCUAAAUAUGGCUAUGAGUUUGUCUUCAAUGAGAUAUACAAGAAUUUGGAUGUAAAAGUGUCUGUCGGUGCUGAGAGAUGGCGUUUUUAUAGCACAAUUCCGCACUUAGUACCAGGUGUGACAAACGAAGAAACGAAAAUACAUCUAUGUAGGAAGUAUUUGACGAAUCAAAUACUGCCUCUUAAGAACCCACUACAGUCGGUUCAAGGGUACACCAAGAUUAAAAUAAAAACAGAUGAAAUAUGGAAACCCACGAUGGAUGAAGAAUGGGUGAAUCGCUUCAGACAACCAUACAACCCAGCGUGGAUGGACUAUUGCGACCCUUACCACUGCAAUGACUACCACAAGUUAGCAUGCGGCCUGAACAGAAAGACGAUGAGAUUUAAAUGGUUCCAGAGCGCCUGUCACGUCAUUCUGAACAAUAAGUGCGCGAAAUACCGAGGCAGUUUGAAAUACGAUGUGAUCGAGACAAAGUACUGUAUGCAAUAUGUGAAGCACUUAAGGUCUAGGUGUGAACUAGAAUGUCCAGACAAUUUAGACCCGGUGUGUGGGAUCAGCGGUUUUGAUAAUCACGUAGUUUUGUUUAGAAAUGACUGCGCUUUUGAACGUGCAAACUGCAGGAGCGGACUUUUAGAAGAAUAUGAAAAAGUAGACAUCAAAGUUUGUAGUUAUUAUUUAAAUAUUUAAAAAUAAAUAACUGAAAAGUAUGGUCAUUGGAUUUUCUUAUUGAUAUCCAAUGUCUAAUAAAACAGUGUUGAAAUGCUGCAAUAAAUAAAAUGUAUACGUAUAA